UCGGCAGUGUGCGAUAUUCGUCUGAUUAGCAACAAUCUAACGGUUCGGUGGUGUUUAGCUUCGAUUGGUUCGUUCAUGGGGGCACAGUAUGCAGCUGAUAGAAAUUCUUUUGACGUGCUUCCUGCUUCGCUUGUAUUGUAUAAGUGCCAGCGUGCAUAGCAUAACGGUCGGGGCGAAUUUGACAGAUUUCAUACAUGUCCGUAAGAAGAGAACCCUGAUAUUCAACGACAGCGGUUCAAUAAAGUUAUCCGUUGGCCCAUCGGGACAAGUUAACUUAGCCGACCCGAUUACAUGGCGAUCACUCGUUUGUUCGUACAGUCUUCAAGGCGGCCAAUAUUCAAUACCCUCUUCUCCACUAUAUCCGUGGGACAAAUGGGAGGAUACCUUCGCGCGCAAAUCUCGGCUUUUACAUAACAGCCAACCGGAUCUCGCCGCCUAUGCUUAUGAAGCAGACGAAUCACGACUGUUCUUUUAUACUUUGCUGGAGACACUAAUGAGUCAACGUGGAGUUGACGGUCGACAGUGCUUGCUGCGCUCCAUAUGUCAAAACGCACAGGUGGACCAACAUGUGGGGUUGUUGUCGGAAAUCCUGGAUACAGUGCUUACGCCCGGGGUGGAAGACUUGGACAAGAGUUAUCAGCGAGCGCGAGAGGCUGGUGUUGCUGGGGCAGAUUGCUUAAAAUUAUUCGCCGAUUGUCCGGAAGGUCUCAAUUGGUUGGAUACCUAUUUGGAUUACUUUUAGUACCCGGACUACAUGUUUUAUUGUUGAAGUAUUUAAAGUCGCUGCAACGGGAGGCUGAUUAUUUAUAAUUGCAAAAGGGGAAAUAUUUGGAGUAUUUAAGAUAUUUUUUCUUAAAAAAACUUAGAGUUUAAAAACUUGGACGGCUUGUGUUAGAUACAGUACUUUUGUUGGUAGCUAUACAAAAUAAAAUUUAAUAGAC